GGAAAUUGACAUUGUUGAGUUUGAGCGAUAGAGUCCGCACAGUUGGUUUAUUUUUAUUGGCGAUCGUGCUGUGAACAGAGAAGAGAAUCUUGUCUACUGAAAACUUGUACAAAUUGUACAAUACUUUUCUUUAUCUGAGAAGGAAAAAAAAUGGCGGUGGUAAUAGUAGGUGCCGGACCUUCUGGCCUGGCCAUGGCUGGUUGCCUGAGCCACCUAUCGAUCCCAUACAUCAUCCUAGAAAGAGAAGACUGCUUCGCAUCUCUUUGGAAAAAGUACGCUUACGAUCGACUCCAUCUUCAUCUCAAAAAGCAAGUUUGCGAGCUUCCCCACAUGCCCUUUCCCUCUAACUUCCCUUGUUACGUUCCCAAAAACCUGUUCCUCCAGUACUUGGACGACUACGUUUCUAAAUUCCAGAUCCGACCCAUUUACCAGCGGACCGUUGAGUCGGCCUACUACGACGAGGAUUUACAGAGAUGGAACAUCAAAGCCAGAAUCAACGAUCCGGGUAAUGAUGGUGACAAUAAUACUGAGGAAUAUUCCGGUACUUUCUUGGUGGUGGCCACCGGCGAAACUGCCGACCCUUUUGUGCCGGAGAUUAAAGGGCUGGAGAGUUUCCCAGGGGAGAUUCUUCACUCGACCCAGUUCAAAUCAGGGAAAGUGUUCCGAGACAAGAAGGUUUUGGUUGUUGGAUCUGGCAAUUCCGGCAUGGAAAUUGCUCUUGACCUUAGCAACCACGGCGCCAUAACAUCGCUUAUCGUCCGAAGCCCGGUUAAUUUUUUCUCAAAGGAGAUUCUUAAUUUUGGGUUGUUUUUGGCGAAGUAUCUACCAUUCAAAGUGGUGGAAUAUUUGGUGGUGAUGCUUAGUAAGUUAGUGUAUGGAGAUUUAAGCAAGUAUGGUAUAGAAAGGCCCUCUGAAGGCCCGUUCACUAUGAAGGCCAAAUAUGGUAAAUUCCCAAUUAUUGAUCUCGGAACUUGCCAUAAGAUCAAGACCGGCCAGAUUCAGGUAUUGCCAGCAGAGAUAGAAAGCAUUGAAAACGACAUCGUUUUGUUGAAGAAUGGAAAGUCUUACCCAUUCGACUCAGUAGUGUUUUGUACGGGAUUCAAGAGAUCUACGCACUUGUGGCUUAAGGGAUAUGAUUGGCUGUUAAAUGAUGAUGGGUUUUCGAAAAUAAGUUACCCAAAUAAUUGGAAAGGAAAGAAUGGUUUAUAUUGUGUGGGUCUAUCUAGAAAAGGUUUCUAUGGAGCCAAAGAAGAUGCUAUCAACAUUGCAAACGACAUCAAGUCUAUGGUGUGACACAAAAUGAUGACACCAAAUGGGAAAAGAAGAUUUAAUGAGUUGUGUUGCUAAAGAAUUAAUGUUGUUACAUUAUUGUUAUUGUGAAUGACUUCUUUUCCUUUAUUUGGUAGACUUUUAUGUUUGUAGAAAUCUUUUUAAUAUAAAGUGAUUGUACAGUAUUGGCUUGUCCAUAAAA